CAAGUUUGGGUUUCCUCCGGACGCGUCGUGUCACGUGGUCUGUCGGCUGGUUCCCAGGGCACGUGUUGGGCUGUUGGAAUUUGGCGGCUCGUCCUAGAUUGGGCGCUGUGCCUUUCCGGCAAACGGCGGGGCUCGAGUCAUUCUUCGCGCGCUCUCCAGGAACUCAGCGAUCCUGCCUCUGCCUCCCGAGUGCUGGGAUUAAAGGCGUGUGCCCCUUUCCUUCCGUAAAGGCCGGAGGGCCAGAACCCGCUACCAAGUGAAUUGGAGGCCAUCCUACACCUCCUAAGACUAGGCAACUCUGAACCAGUGCAGCAGCAGCAAACAUGGAUAGUGCCCUGUGGUCCUCUCAUGAGAAGAUGUUGGCACAGCCCCUCAAGGACAGUGAUGCCGAGGUUUACAACAUUAUUAAAAAAGAGAACAAUCGGCAAAGGAUUGUUGAGAAUUUUGCCAGCAGAGCUGUGUUGGAGGCCCUGGGAUCUUGCUUAAAUAAUAAAUACUCUGAGGGAUAUCCAGGCCAAAGGUAUUAUGGUGGGACCGAGUUCAUCGAUGAGCUGGAGACACUGUGUCAGAAGCGUGCAUUGCAGGCCUAUCAUCUGGAUCCUCGGUGCUGGGGCGUCAAUGUCCAGCCUUAUUCAGGCUCCCCUGCAAACUUCGCUGUAUAUUCUGCCCUGGUUGAGCCCCAUGGACGUAUCAUGGGCUUAGACCUGCCAGAUGGAGGUCAUUUGACUCAUGGCUUCAUGACAGACAAGAAGAAAAUCUCUGCUACAUCUAUCUUCUUUGAAUCUAUGCCUUAUAAGGUGUACCCAGACACUGGCUACAUUAACUAUGACCAGCUGGAGGAGAAUGCCAGCCUCUUUCACCCGAAGCUGAUCGUCGCAGGGACCAGCUGCUACUCUCGGAACCUGGACUACGCACGUCUGCGAAAGAUUGCUGAUGAUAAUGGGGCAUAUCUCAUGGCAGACAUGGCACACAUUAGUGGGCUGGUGGCAGCAGUUGUGAUACCCUCCCCUUUUAAAUACUGCCAUGUGGUGACCACCACAACCCACAAAACCCUGAGAGGCUGCCGUGCUGGUAUGAUAUUCUACAGAAAGGGUGUGCGCAGUGUGGACCCCAAGACUGGCAAAGAGAUUCAUUAUGAGCUGGAGUCACUCAUCAACUCUGCUGUGUUCCCAGGCUUACAGGGAGGCCCCCAUAACCAUGCCAUUGCUGGUGUUGCUGUGGCCCUGAAGCAAGCCAUGACUACAGAAUUCAAAAUCUACCAGCUCCAGGUGGUGGCCAACUGCAAGAUUCUGUCUGAGGCCCUCAAAGAGCUAGGCUACAAAAUAGUCACAGGUGGUUCUGAUAAUCACUUGAUCCUAGUGGAUCUCCGUUCUAAGGGUACCGAUGGUGGAAGGGCUGAGAAGGUACUAGAAGCCUGUUCUAUCGCCUGCAACAAGAAUACCUGCCCAGGUGACCGGAGUGCAUUGCGGCCCAGUGGACUUCGACUGGGGACCCCAGCAUUGACAUCCCGUGGACUUUUGGAAGAAGACUUCAAAAAAGUUGCACACUUUAUCCAUAGAGGGAUCGAGUUGACUCUGCAGAUCCAGGGUGACAUGGCUGUGAAGGCCACCCUGAAAGAGUUCAAGGAGAAAUUGACAGGUGAUGAGAAGUACCAGAGUGCUGUGAGGACUCUUCGCGAAGACGUGGAGAGUUUUGCUUCCAGCUUCUCCCUACCUGGCCUGCCUGAUGUCUGACAGCUAGCACAGCCAGCAGCUAGCACAGCCAGCAUCUACCACGAGGGUAGGACUGCUCCAGGACCAAAUGCCCUCUCGACUACCAAGCUGCCUGUAGCAGCACUGUGCUUUGGAGGUGUUUCUGACAGGCUGAUAUCAGUUCAAAAAUUCUGAAACUUCACUUCUCAGCAGCUUUAUAUAAUUAACUGUACUGGAAAAAAGUACUGUGUAGCCAUUUGAUCUCACUUAUUGAUUGCAGUAUGAGGCAGAGCUAUUAAAAAUUCCAGAAUCCUGGGCUGGAGAGAUGGCUCAGAGGUUAAGAGCACCAACUGCUCUUUCAGAGGUACUGAGUUCAAUUCCCAGCAACCACAGCCAUCCGUAAUGAGAUCUAGUGCCCUCUUCUGGUGUGCAGACAUAAUAAAUAAUAAAAUCUUAAAAAAAAAUAAAAAAUUCCAGAAUCCUUCUUUCUCCUUUUUCAGUGGGCCCUGUGGCAGGUACAUAAGCAAGAGUUAGUGUUGGGUGCUGGAAAGAUGGCUCAGCUGUUCUUCCAGAGGGACCCUGAUCUCCAGCACCCACAUUAUGGAUCCCAGUCAUCUGUAACUAUGGUUCCAGGGGAUCCAGCAAUUUGAAAUGUUAUAGAAGGGCUAGGGGUGUCACUUAGAGGUACAUAGGCAGUCUGUAUGAUGCCCUUGGUUCAUGCCUACGACACAAACAGCCUUGUAGAACUGGCUGUCUAUGGAAGUGCAAAUCUCUUUCUGGUUUGAGAAUCAGCAGAGGCCAAAGGUUUUGUGUUCUACUUUCCUGAGAUAACCAGCUCCUUCUUAUAAUUAGGAACCCACAUGCCACCUUCCCAAAGAGUCUUUAUUUCUCACAUUGCAAACCAUUGGUGACUUUUUAAUAUGCACAAUCAAAUUUUUACCCACAGAAUGUCUACAAGAAUUAUAGCUUUAAAAAAUACAACCAGUUUUUAUAUUUUAAAAAUAUCUGAACUCAAAUAAAUUAAUAUCUUAAAAAGUA